GGGAUAUGUUGUUGUAGCAACAACAGGUGCGCUUCAUUUUGUGGUUAUACUUAAAAUAACUAACACACGGAAUAGUUAACGUAUUUAAAACGCACCAGCACAAUGUCAGACGUCCACUCUACAGCAUACCGCUAUGACGCGGUUUGCCAAGAACUUGGGGUCGCCCCAAAUCCAUACUUCAUCAAAAUGUUUGAGCGAGAGAAAGAAGAAUCCGUUUUGAGACAAAAAAGGGGUGAAAUCAGAGACCGGAUGCAUCUGUACCUGGCAGGGAACAACAAGCUGCUCACAGACAAGCGUCUAGUCGACAAGGAUUGUGUUGCCCUCUUCAAGCUUCUACAGAACAACGUCUUCGUUACGAGCCUUGAUCUUCGCUAUAACAACAUCACAGAUGAAGGCAUCAAAUCCAUCGCUAAGCUUUUAGAGGAGAAUUCAGUUCUUGAGGAACUGAACUUAAUGUGUAAUGAUUUCGGAAAGGAUGGUGCUGAAACACUGGCUAAGGCUUUACAGAGAAACACAGGCUUGAGGUCACUGCGUGUUAACGGUAACAAGAUUGGCAACCGAGGGGGCAUGUACUUUGCACAGAUGUUGCAGAUCAACGCGACACUACGGGCACUUGACCUGGCAGACACUGACUUGACAACAGAAAGUUUGAUCGCUCUCACCACAGUAGUAAACAACAACAGAAGCCUGAAGAGUUUGAAUGUGAACAGACCCAUUCUGUUCUCAGAACAGGAGGAAUGUACAGUGCAUUUUGCCAAGAUGCUCAAGGUGAAUUCCACUUUGGAGGAGCUCCAUCUUCAGAAAUUCCAAAUUCGUGAUUUUGGAGCAACACGAUUGGCUGAGAAUCUCAUGGAAAACCUCACCCUACAGUACCUCGACCUCAGCUGUAACAGAAUAACUCGUGAUGGUGUGAAAGAGUUGUCAAAGGUGCUGAAGCGGAACACUGCCAUUCGACACCUGGACUUGAGCUUCAACAGACUAGAAGACGAUGGCGCCAUGCAUUUGGCAGAGGCCAUUGCCACUUACAAUACCACCCUUCAAGUGCUUGAUGUGAGGACAAACAACAUCCGUGGGAAGGGACUGUGCUCCCUGUCUGAUGCCAUGAAAAUGAACCCAACACUUACCAAGAUAUUCAUCUGGGGAAAUAACCUGGAGGAAACAGCAGCUAUUGCCUUUGCAAACCUUCUUGAGUCAGGGCGGCUCUUAAAGAGCAACACAGACGUGCAACCCUACGUUGUGGACGGCAAGACCAUCCUGAGCGAGCUCACACAUAACGAGCAGAGGCACUAUUACUAUGCCCCAAGUUAUGGAGAUGAUGUGCCGUCAUGGCAACCGCGGGGCAAGAACCCCAGGGGGUCAGAUGUAGUUGCUGUAAAUAACGACGGGUACCCAGUGCUGGCAAAUUAGGGCGGUCAAUGGGACGGACGGACUUUGUUGGUUAUUCGAUGUGAUGUUGUCAUUAAUGUUUUCAUUUAACUGCCUGUUAUAUUUUAUCUGUGAUAUUGUGUUUAUGCAAUACUGUGAAUGUUGAAAAACACCUUCAUUAUCAAUUGGAAUUAUUGUCACAAAGUGUUUUGUGGCUGAGUAUGGCAAUAUACUGAUUGUGUUUGGAUAAGAAGCAGUGGAGUUAAAUUUAAAAUUAAUUAAUUUAAAGGGUUAAUAUUUUUCUGAAAACUUGUGGUUUUAUACAUACAAUUUUCGAAUCAUACAUGUAUUGUAUGUUAUCCACAAAAUAAAAUCUGUAAAUGUA